GAUUCGACAGGUGAAUAUAAUCUUCCUUCUGACCUCCGGAUAAAUAGACCCUCGUUUCAUCUAGCCGAACUAGAAUCCACGUCUCACUAUGAGAUAAAUCCAUUGGCGACAGGUAUUUCACGGCUACGACAGCCGGUCUUAAUCGGUUUGAGUCGGACCUCUGUCAGCCAACCAACUGGGCACCGAACAGAUCGGCUUAACUCGAGCUUAACUACGGCAACCGAACUCCGGGCCGAGUUUUCAUUUCCUGAGAUCAGAGAUGAUCAAUCAGGCUUGGCCGAUAGGCCUCGAGUAGGACCGCUUCUCUUCCAUCUGGCCAUUUUCUUCAUUGUCUCUCUGGCAUUUGCGACAGCUGGAACCUGUGACAAAAGCGUAAAGCGUCUCCUUCUGAACUCCAUCUUCCGGCGGCAUCUUGCCACGUCUUUUGUGCCUUUGGCCCCAGCGUCCCAACAUGAAUUCUCCUUCAAUUCAUUUUCCUGCCUUCCGGCGUCUCAAUUCCCAGCCAGGAUGUCCUUCUUCCAAACUAAAUGUAAUGUACACAAUAAGAUGGACAAAAAGUACUGUUGUCAACAGAAUCAGCAGCACCAAAAGUCAUUACUGCUAAAAUCGGCCGGACACGUUUUUCUUGGCACCUCUAAGCAAUCAAGAGUUGGAGUCAACUGUUCCGACAACCACAGACUAGAAGAACUUUAUCCUGCAGGUCGAUCUCAUGUACACUUGACAGAUUGUCAUCAUGGAUGCUGCGACCUAGAACAGAAGAAUAUAGAAUGCAUAGAGAAAGCGAAGAGGUCUACAAGUGACGGGACAUAUUCAGUGACCAACAAUUGUCAGAUGUGUUGGACUACCCAUGGGUCAACCCCUGCACAUAAUCCGAUUUUUUCGCUUCCCUCUGGCUUUAGCUGGUGGGAUCCAGGAAUCUUCUCAUUGCCAUCACCGUCACUACAGCCAUUUCAGCAUUCUUAUCCUCCAAACUCAUCUCACUUUGCUCCUAGCAUACCGAAUACUUAUUCAAAUUGCCCACUACAAUUGUUCUCAUUUCAGAAGUCGGCUCAGACUGAUCAGGUUCGUAUAGAUCAAUGGAGCAAGGAGUCUUCCAAUAAAUGCGACAAUGACAUCAAUCUUGGGAAGUCAGAGGAUAGUUAUGGAAAUACCAUCACCACUCAAGCUGCCACUACAUAUUGUAGACGCAGUCCCUCCUUCCAUCACGAUGUCAUGGUUUCCACUAGCCCGGCCCCUCGGUUACCAAUAAGCAAUACGCCAUUGCCUUCCACUCCGAUCGCAGGUGAUAUUGCCACAGCUCCUACCUUCUUCAACCAAAAUGAGUCCCGUCUACUUGACGGAUUUACGAAUUCUAAAGCUGCUCGAAAAGCAGAAAGUCGAGGACAGACUUGCUUCGGUAUGCACACAAGCUGA